AUGGCGUUUAUCGUUGUCACGACAGUUUUCGUUGCAUUCAUCAGCUAUUUGAUAUAUUUGCUGAAUCAACGGCGAUUGUUCUUCAAAAUUCGCGAUGAAAUGGGAAUUGGCGGACCAUCGCCGCACUUUCUCAUUGGAAAUUUGAAGCAAAUUAUUGAGAGAAAAAAGCAAAUCGGCUAUGAUGAUUCCUAUCAAUUUAUGGCAGGGCUUCACGAAAUUUAUGGAAAAUACGUAGGAAUUUAUCUCGGCAGACAUUUGAACAUUCACGUGACCGACGAGGACGAUAUCAAGGAGAUUUAUAUUAAAAACUUUUCCAAUUUUUCGGAUCGUGUUGUCCCGCCAAUCUUCGAACAAUCUAAAUUGAUUAGCUCUCUUCUUCAAGCCUCUUAUGCUGAUGGCUGGAAGCGCAUCAGAAGCGCAAUUGCUCCAACAUUCUCCACGGGAAAAAUGCGCGCAAUGCAUCAUGCGGUGGAAUCGAAAAUCGACACAUUUUUGAAAUUAAUUGAGGAAAAAGUGGAUAGCGGAGAAAAAUUUGAUAUUUAUGACGAUUAUCAAGCAUUAACAUUGGAUGUGAUCGGAAAAUGCGCGUUCGCUAUAGAAAGUAACUCAUUGAAUAAUCGAGAAGAGGUUUUCUAUGUUCAAGCUCGCAAAUUCAUUUUACACACCGAUAUUCGCCACAGCGUUUUGAUCACAUCGUCAUUCGUUUUUCCCGAGUUCACUUCAAUUUGGAAGAUGUUUUACAGGUUCAGCCAAUUGGCUUUAUCGCAGGCGCCAUUAGUUGGCGGAUUGGAGAAUGUCUAUGAGCGCCGAAAAAACGGCGAAGGUCGAGGUUGUGUGGAUCUGCUCGAGCUUCUAAUCGAACGAGAAAACAGCGUGAAGGACGCGAUGUCGAAAGAGGAAGUGAUUCAGAAUUGUUUUGCGUUCCUUCUGGCUGGCUACGAGACGACAAGCACCGCGUUGGCGUUCUGCACCUACUUGCUAGCCGAACAUCAACAAGUUCAACAGAAAUUGUACGACGAAAUUCAGGAAGUCAAAGCGGAACAGGGCUUUGACUAUGAUUCCAUACAUGGCAUGAAAUAUCUUGACGCGGUUUUCAAGGAAUCCCUUCGUGUCUACCCACCGGUUAUCCAUUUCAUUACGAGAGUCUGCCUCAAUGAUAUCACGAUUAAUGGGCAGUUCUUCCCGAAAGGCACCAAUGUCAGUGUGCUACCCUACAAUGUGCACAUGAAUGAGAAGAAUUGGGAAAAUGCCAAGAAAUUUAUACCAGAGAGAUUCCUGGAUUGGAACGAUAAGGGUUCAUUGAAGUGGAUUCCGUUCGGUGUGGGACCACGAUAUUGUGUCGGAAUGCGAUUCGCCGAGAUGGAAUUCAAAACCGCCAUCGUCAGGCUGCUGGACAGAUUCAAAUUGGAGCUUUACCCUGAUGAGCCGAAACUAGUGCCGGCAUGCAACGGAGUCAUCAUGCGUCCAAAGGACCCCGUCAGACUGAGACUUACAAAACGAGUAUAA